CUCAACAUCAACCAUAUAUAUUAACUUGAAUCAAACUAGUUACACGAAAUAGCUUAACUAUUUCAUCAUCCCAUACCAACUCAUCAUCACACAUAGAUGUUUUUAUCACCACUAAAAAAACUUGAUAAGCUCACCAUCCGCAUCACAGACUAAAUAAAUAAUUUAACAUAGAAGUUCAUAAUCAUCUAGUAAUAGUAACUAAUUUUCCACUCUUGCCUACGUUCCAAAAACAAUUAAGCAAACAGUAACUUAAUUUUCCACCGGUGACCGUGAUGCUUAUAUCUCUAACAAGAAACUGCCUUGACGAAACAACCGCGGAACUGAAUUAACUUCCGGAUCUGAACACUACUUAAUUUUCCACCGGUGACCGUGAUCCACACACUGACACACUAAACAAACGACGCAUUUGCCAAGCAGCUACCAGCUAGUAGGAUAUGAACUGGAGUUCCGAAAUUCCAAUCCAAUAGCAAACGUCGCCAGUCAAGACCUGUCCUGUCGUUUCUCGAGCCCCUCCGUGCCAUUGCCAUCCUUGUCAUGCCACCCGCGAGCCGCGAGCAGGAGCAGCCAACCCGUACUGGCUCCCCUCCCGGUCCCGGGCUCCCGAUCACGACCCCCUCCGGUGCCGUCCACUUCCACGUCCCUCUCGCGGACCACCAGCUGAUCGAGGCAGCGACGAACGACGCCACCAGCAGGCCAACACCUACGACCCGGCCUGCAGCAGGCAACUAGUACCAACGAGUAACUGAUGCAGCGCCUGAUUCCAUUCCUUUCAGCAAGUCCCAGAUUCCGUUCCACCGCGGCGCCGGACCCGACCUCGACCUGACAUAAGCAGAUGCACACCCGCCGCUUUGCUCGUCGCUGGCAGCCACCCCAGUCCUCCAGGUCACUGCCUCGCUCCGCGAUGCCAGCGGCUGCUCUUGCUGUGCGGGUGGCCGUCCUGCUCCUCGUCGCCCGAGGCGGAUCGGCGGCCGGCGCAGCCGCCGUAGAGUUCGUGCUCACCGGCUUCGCGCAUGACAACGUCACGACCAGCGGCGCCGCCGUCGUCACCUCCUCCGGCCUCCUGCAGCUCACCAACGAGACCAACGAGGUCUUCGGGCACGGCUUCUAUCCCGUGCCACUCCGCUUCAGGGACGACGCCUCCUCCUCCUCCUCCACGGGCGCGCCGCGGCCGCAGUCCUUCUCCUUCUCCACCACCUUCGUGUUCGCCAUGGUGCCGCGGCACGACGACGCGCACGGCCACGGGAUCGCCUUCGCGCUGGCGCCGUCGCCGACCGUGCCCGGCGCGGUGGCCGGGAAGAACCUCGGCCUCUUCAACACGUCCAACGACACGGGGAGGAUGAGGAGCGGGGUCGUCGCCGUCGAGCUCGACACGGCGAGGGACGAGGAGUUUAACGACAUCAACGACAACCACGUCGGCAUCGACGUCAACAGCCUGGUGUCCGUGGGCUCAGCGCCGGCGGCGUACGUCGACGUCGGCGUCGGCGGCAGCCUCGUCAACGUCAGCGUCAACCUGGUCAGCGGGGAGCCCCUGCAGGCGUGGGUCGAGUACGACGGCGCGAGCAUGCGCCUGGAGGUGACGGUGGCGCCGGCGCGCAAGCCCAGGCCGUCCGUCCCGCUCGUGUCUUCCAUCGUCAACCUCUCGUCGGCCGUGGCCGACGACACGUACGUCGGGUUCACCGCGGCGAACGGCGCGGCUUCGAGCUCUCACUACGUUCUUGGCUGGAGUUUCCGCCUAGGCGGCGGCCGCGCACCGGACCUCGACCUCUCGAAGCUCCCGUCGGUCCCGUCGUCAAGGUCGUCCAAGAAGACGACGUCGCAGCUACUGGUGGUCACGCUGUCCCUGGCUGUUGUCGUGGCACUCCUCCUAGCGUCGGUGGUAGUCGCGGUGGUCGUCGUCAGGCGCCGGCGGUUCGCCGAGGAGGAAGAGGACUGGGAGAUAGAGUACGGGCCUCACCGGAUCAGGUACAAGGACCUGCACGCGGCGACCGGGGGUUUCCGCGACGUCAUCGGCGAAGGCGGCUUCGGCCGCGUCUACCACGGCGUGCUCCUGCGGCCGGCGGCUGCCGAGGUCGCCGUCAAGAAGGUGUCCCACGACUCCCGGCAGGGGCUGCGCGAGUUCGUGUCCGAGAUCGCGAGCAUGAGCCGGCUGCGCCACCGCAACCUGGUGCAGCUCCUAGGCUACUGCCGGCGCCAGGGCGAGCUGAUACUCGUCUACGACUACAUGGUCAACGGCAGCCUCGACAGGCGUCUGUUCGACGCCGGCAAGCCGGUGCUGAGCUGGGAGCAGCGCGGCAAGAUAGUCCGGGACGUGGCAGCCGGGCUGCUGUACCUGCACGAGGGGUGGGAGCAGGUGGUGGUGCACCGCGACAUCAAGUCUGCCAACGUGCUCCUCGACGCCGACAUGAACGGCAAGCUCAGCGACUUCGGCCUCGCGCGGCUCUACGACCACGGCAGCAACCCGCAGACGACGCACGUCAUCGGGACGCUGGGGUAUCUCGCGCCGGAGAUGAGCAAGACGGGCAAGGCCACCACGAGCACCGACGUGUUCGCGUUCGGCGCCUUCCUUCUCGAGGUGGCGUGCGGCCGGCGGCCCAUGCAGCGCAACGACGACGUCGACUCGCCGGGGCUCGUCGACCUCGUCCUCGAGUGCUGGAAGGCCGGGAGGAUCGUGGAAGCCAGGGACCCAAAGAUCGGCAAGUGCGACGAGGCCGACGUCGAGCUGGUGCUCAAGCUCGGCCUGCUCUGCUCGCACCCUGACCCCCGGUGCCGGCCGAGCAUGAGGCAGGCGGUGCAGAUCCUCGAAGGCGCCGCGCCGGUGCCGGAGACGCCGCCCAAAGAUUUAGCCAACAACAACAGGUUGUUCUACGGAUACAGCGAGUCUUUCGAUGAGUUCGCCACCAUAUUCCCAGCGACGUCGGAGGUCACCAGCGUCACCACGCAGCCGUCUUCCUCACACUCCACCGGCGAGGAGCAGCAGGUCUCCUCCGGCUCCGGCUGAGUAGUGAUCUGUCUUCACCAAAACACCAAAGUUUAGUCAUGUGUAGUUGGAUAGGGAAGCAAAUAGUCAUCAUAGGUUUAGGUGUUGUGUGAUAUUUUCUUGGAAGUGAAUAUAGAUAUGGUCAGCCAUUUGUAGGGAUGACCAAAAAAUAAAGUUUGAUGUAUAAAGCUCUAACUGCUGAGGUUGAGGCUAUACCAAUCAGCUUGAGCUAUUCCUCGCUUGUUUGAUCAUGACGAGAACAAAAAGGUGGACACCAAGCCUUAA